GCCUUAAGGAGUACACUGCCCUGCCUGCUCGAGUCUAGAUGUUGACAUGUAACAGGGCUGGCAGCAGGAUGGUGGUGGACGCGGCCAACUCCAACGGGCCCUUCCAGCCCGUGGCCCUGCUACACAUCCGAGAUGUUCCUCCUGCUGAUCAAGAGAAGCUUUUUAUCCAGAAGUUACGUCAGUGUUGUGUCCUCUUUGACUUUGUUUCCGAUCCACUCAGUGACCUGAAGUGGAAGGAAGUGAAACGAGCCGCUUUAAGUGAAAUGGUAGAAUAUAUCACACAUAAUCGGAAUGUGAUCACAGAGCCGAUUUACCCGGAAGUCGUCCACAUGUUUGCAGUAAACAUGUUCCGAACGCUACCACCGUCCUCCAAUCCUACGGGAGCAGAGUUUGACCCAGAGGAAGACGAGCCGACGUUAGAAGCGGCCUGGCCUCACCUACAGCUUGUUUAUGAAUUUUUCUUAAGAUUUUUAGAGUCUCCAGAUUUCCAGCCUAAUAUAGCGAAGAAAUAUAUUGAUCAGAAGUUUGUAUUACAGCUUUUAGAGCUCUUUGACAGUGAAGACCCGCGGGAGAGAGACUUUCUCAAGACCACCCUUCACAGGAUCUAUGGGAAAUUCUUAGGCUUAAGAGCUUACAUCAGAAAGCAGAUAAAUAAUAUAUUUUAUAGGUUUAUUUAUGAAACAGAGCAUCACAAUGGCAUAGCAGAAUUACUGGAAAUACUGGGAAGUAUAAUUAAUGGCUUUGCCUUACCGCUGAAAGAAGAGCACAAGAUUUUCUUAUUGAAGGUGUUACUGCCUUUGCACAAAGUGAAAUCCCUGAGUGUCUACCAUCCACAGCUGGCGUACUGUGUGGUGCAGUUUUUGGAAAAGGACAGUACUCUCACUGAACCAGUGGUGAUGGCGCUUCUGAAAUACUGGCCAAAGACUCACAGCCCGAAGGAGGUCAUGUUCCUGAACGAGCUGGAGGAGAUCCUGGACGUGAUUGAGCCCUCCGAGUUCGUGAAGGUCAUGGAGCCUCUCUUCAGGCAGCUGGCCAAGUGCGUGUCCAGCCCACACUUCCAGGUGGCGGAGCGGGCACUGUACUACUGGAAUAACGAGUACAUCAUGAGCUUGAUCAGCGACAACGCAGCCAAGAUCCUGCCCAUCAUGUUUCCGUCCUUGUACCGCAACUCAAAGACCCAUUGGAACAAGUAAGAAAGCCCUG